AAUUAAUUAUAAUCACACAGAUUUUAACAAGAAAAUUGUUGUGUUCGAUUUGUAGCCUCCUUCUAAAAGUAAAGGACCACACCACAGAUUUAUAUAGUUGAUAGCAAUCUUUCGCUAGGAAAUCCAGAAAAAAUGCGAAAAUACCAACAGCUGGUGCUGUUGCUCAUCUCCUGCUUGAGCGUGGGCGUGCUCUUGAUGUACAAGACGGAAAACAAUCGCCUCAAAUAUGUCCUCAAGUAUGUGAACUUCUUUGGCCGCAGUGAUGUCGCCGUGUUGCGCCGCUUGGAGAACGGAACCAAGGAAGAUCUGCCUCAAGCGGCUCUAUGGCGGCCGAUGCCAGUGUGGCAGGUGAUAGGGGAUUCCUUCCAUGCCUACUCCGCCUACUGGAUGCGAAAAGAGUUGGUGGCCGGCGGAGAAGCACACGCCUUAGUAGUUGGCAAACAGGGAGCUGUUGUGGACUUUCGAUGCAGCCUGGCUGUUGGCGGGACGCGUAGUGUGCAGGGAAAAUUUCGAUUCCAACGCGAUGCCAGUGAAAGUCUAAUCAACGACAAGAGCACCAACUUUACUAGCUACCAUUUCUUCUGUCAAGUGAGCCGCGACUUUGGCCAGCCGGAGAGUGUUUCAUUCACGGAUAUCACGUCAAUCAAGAGCCCGGUCAAGCUACGUUUGCAUCAUCUCAAGCGUGCGAGUGAGAACACAGACGCCAAGGCAGCUGCGGUGCCAGCUCGCUUACCGGCAACAGUCUGUGUGGAUCUUGUGAGCUUCAACAUGACCUCGAGAUUCGGUCGCAGCGAAAAUGCCCUGCUUCAGUUCUUUCUGAUUCACCAGGCUCUCGGCAUUGAACACUUUCUGGUAUAUAACUUCGAUGAACUGCCGGAGAAUAUCAUUCGCGUGCUGGAUCGCACAAAUAUCCAUCUGUAUGGGCUUCCCUUCAACUUUCCCUUCCUGCAAAGCAACGCCACUGCCAGCCGAGUUCGCGAACUACUGCAGACUGAUUGCUUACUGCGGAAUGUAAACCAGGCCAGCUUCACCAUACUACUGCAGCCGAACGAAGUGUUCUAUCCAAAUGCACGUUUUGCGCCCGAUCGUUCCCAGAGUUCGCUGCAGCAGCAGCUUCGUCACUUCUCCGCCGACACAGCACGCUUCGAGUUGGCCACGUUUGCCGUCUGUUUUGAGGAACAGAAAAAACUGCUGCUCGACAAUAUUCAAUAUGACCCCGAACGAAAAGCUCCCUACAAAAUGCUCCUAGAGCGCCUGGAGCUGCCCCCGACACAGAUUCUGGCAAAUACGGCGCACGUUGAGCUUUCGCUGUCCACCGGAUUCGUGCAUCGCUAUGUGGACUGUUCCGAUGUUGGGGCGGAUGGUCUCCACGACUGGCGCAACGGAGUGCGAAAGGACUUCAUGGACCACAUCAACAACCUCCGCAACGAGGUGGACCUACUCAUUUAAGCUAAGCUAAGCCUUUCCCUUGUUCAAUUUAGUCUAAGUUCGAGUUUACAUGAUUUGAGAGAUUACUUGACUGCCAUAAAGAGAAUGUUCAGAAAAUGUAUACAUAUUGGAUAUAUAAUAGAUAAUUAUACACAC